UCAAAAAGUUCUUCCAACAAGUAUUUAUAGGGUAGCCGGGACUUGCGCAAGUCAAGAAGCAAUCCAUUGAUUACACUAGUUUUAUCUCUCAAGAACUGGAUGAAUAUUUCAAUACAAAUGAUGCUUUCCCUUUCUGUAAUACUGGUUUCUUGGCUGCUACUUCUUGAUCCAUCAAUUGCCCAAAGCUAUUCCCAACAAGAUGCAUCAGAUGAUUACUCAUCAUCACAGCUGAAAGCCGCAGCUAAGGAUCUUGUGACUGAUAAACUGCCUGGCCAGCCUGCGGCAGUUAGCUUCAAUCAUUACGCUGGGUAUGUGACAGUCAACAAGACUAAUGGAAGAUCACUCUUCUACUGGUUUUUUGAAUCUUCCACAUCUCCUCAACAGAAACCUCUACUUCUCUGGCUUAAUGGAGGUCCGGGAUGUUCGUCCGUAGGAUAUGGAGCAUCUCAAGAGAUUGGCCCUUUCCUUAUUGACGGUAAUGGAAGUGGCUUGGCAAUCAAUCCAUACUCAUGGAAUAUAG